AUGAGCCCCCUCCCCACGGGCAACGGCAGCGCCUGGGGGGGCUCCGGCAACUGCAGCGGGGCCGCGCUGGGCCGCCAGUGGGUGCUGGGCACCGCCAUCACCCUCACCGUGCUGGUCACCGUGGCCGGGAACCUGCUGGUGAUCGCGGCCAUCGCCAGAACGCCGCGGCUGCAGAGCAUGACCAACGUGUUCAUCACCUCGCUGGCGUGCGCCGACCUCAUCAUGGGCCUGCUGGUGGUGCCGCCGGGGGCCACCGUGCUGCUGAGCGGCCACUGGCCCUACGGCGCCACGGCGUGCGAGCUGUGGACCUCGCUGGACGUGCUGUGCGUGACGGCCAGCAUCGAGACGCUGUGCGCCAUCGCCGUGGAUCGCUACCUGGCCAUCACCGCCCCGCUGCAGUACGAGGCGCUGGUGACCAAGGGCCGCGCCCGGGCCGUGGUGUGCUUGGUGUGGGCCAUCUCGGCCUUCAUCUCCUUCCUCCCCAUCAUGAACCACUGGUGGAGGGACGGAGGGGACGAGCGGGCGGCGCGCUGCUACGAGGACCCGCGGUGCUGCGACUUCGUCACCAACGUCACCUACGCCAUCGUGUCGUCCACCAUCUCCUUCUACGUGCCGCUGCUCGUCAUGGUCUUCGUGUACGUGCGGGUUUUCGCCGUGGCCUCGCGGCACGUCCGGCUCAUCGGCAAGGACAAGGUGAGGUUCGUGCAGGAGCCGCCGAGCCCCACGGGCCGCAGCGGCCGGCGCAGGAGGCCCUCGCGCCUGUUGGCCAUCAAGGAGCACAAGGCCCUCAAGACCUUGGGCAUCAUCAUGGGCGUCUUCACGCUCUGCUGGCUGCCCUUCUUCGUGGCCAACAUCAUCAAGGUCUUCUGCCGCUCGCUGGUGCCGGAUCAGCUCUUCCUCUUCCUCAACUGGCUGGGCUACGUCAACUCGGCCUUCAACCCCAUCAUCUACUGCCGCAGCCCCGACUUCAGGAGCGCCUUCCGCAAGCUGCUGUGCUGCCCCCGCCGCGCUGACCGCCGGCUCCACGCCGUCUCACGGGACCUGCGGCGCUGCCCCUCUGCCUUCAGCCCUCGGGGGGGACCCGCAGGGGACAGCAAGGCGGCCCUCGGGGAGGAUGGCGAGGGCAGAACGGAGGAGGCUCCUCUGCCCCACCGGCAGCGCCCCCCGGGCGAGUCCCGGCUGCAGGGAGCGCAGAGCUCGCUGUGUUCCCAGCUGCAUGAGUUUGCUGGCGGAGAGACGCCCUCGGGUCCAUCCGACUGACUCGGAGCAGCCGAGAGCCGGGAGGAGAGCGCUUUCCCCGGCCGGGUCAUCAUCAUCAUCAUCGUCAUCAUCAUCGUCGCCCCGGCCUCUCCUCUGCCCGCCUUGGCCGCCCUCCCCGGGGAGCAGAGCCAGCCCCGGGCUGCUGCCCGGCUCCGGGCAUGUGAGUCCGGAUCAGCCUGGCCAGAGCCGCUUUAACCCUCCCUGUGCUGGUGCCUGGCGCUCCCAAACCCCUUCUGUGCCCGCCGGGGUGGUGGCCGCGGGUCCCUGUCCCCAGCCCAGCCUGCUGGGUGGGCACUGUGUCACCCCCCACCCUCUCCUUGCAGGGCCGGGGUGGCAGAAGCAGCGCCAGGGGUGACGGUGCUGGCAGGACCCGGAGAGGAGGAGGAGGAGGAGGAGGAGGAGGAUCUCCCUGGGACAGCACCAGCUCCUUCGUGCCGUCGGUGCUGGAGACCUGGAGCUGGGGAGAAGCUCUGGAGCUGCUCAAAAAGGGGCAGCACAGCCUCAGGGAUGUGUGGACAGGACAAACUCCCAUCUGGGUGCUCCUGGCACGGCUGGCAGAGGGAUGUGGAGACUGCCAGCUCUGCGCUCUUGAAGGACAAAGGACGCUGUUGUCCCAGGCUUGGCCAGUUUCGGACAGUGUGCUGAGAAGGACAGAGGAGCCUCCUGCAGGCUCAAGCCCUUCCCAGGAUUUCCAUCCCUGCCCAGGGCUGAGUGCAAUCCCUUCAGCGAAGGGAAAGCUCAGGGGAAUGCACGGAGCACUUCCAAACGCAGGAACCGGGAUCGCGUCGGCUCUCUCGGCAGUUUCCCCCUCUCGUUUGGGACAGACGGGGGGACAGGAGGUGGAUUCUCACUCUCAUCUCACACCGUGCAGACGUGCCCUGCCCCGCAGCGCCUCUGGGCAAAGCCGCUGUCACAGGAUGUUCAGUGACUGCGCAGUUUGUGUCCCCUCUACAAGUGUGAAAUAAACCUCUGGAUCUCU